GGCGGGGUUCGCCGGCGACCAGAUCCCCAAGUACUGCUUCCCCAACUACGUGGGCCGCCCCAAGCACGUGCGCGUCAUGGCCGGCGCGCUCGAGGGCGACCUCUUCAUCGGGCCCAAAGCCGAGGAGCACCGCGGCCUCCUGGGCAUCCGCUACCCCAUGGAGCACGGCGUGGUGCGCGACUGGAACGACAUGGAGCGCGUCUGGCAGUACGUCUACUCCAAGGAGCAGCUGCAGACCUUCUCCGAGGAGCACCCGGUGCUGCUCACGGAGGCGCCGCUGAACCCCAGCCGGAACCGCGAGAAGGCGGCCGAGGUUUUCUUCGAGACCUUCAACGUGCCCGCGCUCUUCAUCUCCAUGCAGGCCGUGCUCAGCCUGUACGCGACGGGCCGCACCACGGGCGCGGUGCUGGACGCGGGUGACGGCGUCACGCACGCCGUGCCCAUCUACGAGGGCUUCGCGCUGCCCCACUCCAUCACGCGCGUGGACGUGGCCGGCCGCGACGUGUCCCGCUACCUGCGGCUGCUGCUGCGCAAGGAGGGCGCCGACUUCCGCACCUCGGCCGAGUUCGAGGUGGUGCGCACCAUCAAGGAGCGCGCCUGCUACCUCUCCAUCAACCCGCAGAAGGACGAGGCGCUGGAGACGGAGCGCGUGCAGUACACGCUGCCCGACGGCAGCACCCUGGACGUGGGACCGGCGCGGUUCCGGGCGCCGGAGCUGCUCUUCCAGCCGGAGCUGGUGGGCGACGAGAGCGAGGGCAUCCACGAGGUGCUGGCCUUCGCCAUCCACAAGUGCGACCUGGACCUGCGGCGCACGCUCUUCGCCAACAUCGUCCUCUCGGGCGGCUCCACGCUCUUCAAAGGUGCCCCCGCC